ACACACACACACACACACACACACACACACACACACACACACACACACACACACAGAGGCAUAUGAACACACAAAACCCAUCCUUUCCUCAGUAAAUGGCCAAAAGCAUGCAGCAGCCUGUCCAGCUAAAUAAACCAAUAGAUUAGUCUGUGCUGUUAAUCAAUGAUAGGGAAGGUUCAAUCAACCUCCCACAUGUGCCUUCUUGAGAAAAGCAUUUGAUUUAGCCCUCUGCAACAGAGGUAUUGCUUUACACACAGAUUAUAAUAUUGCUGAUGUCCCGAUAAUAGGUGGUAAGGGCUCACGUGGCAGCUACUGAAAGGUCCUCUAUUACAUGCACACUGCAGGCAUACUCUCACCACUGCAAAGCACUAGUGUGGUGAUAUUCAGCCGUCAGGUCACAGAACUAUGCACCUGUUUACAUUUAAAUCCCCGGUGAUCUUUCAAAAACCCACAAGGCCGUUAUGAUAGUAUUCAUUUUCCAGGAUCCUCAAAGAGUUUUAUGUUCAUCUCGAUGAAAUAAUAUUCUAGGUUUUUGAACGAUCUUGGAAGUGAUAGAACUUUCAUAAAAACAGAUUUCGAAAUCUUCGUCACUAGAAUGUAAUGAUAUUACAUGAGAGGCACAAACUGGGUCUAGCUAUCAGAAUACUAAAGUAAUGAAUGAAUCAUUAGGAUUAGUACGUCUUAAUGAAUAAAAAACUAAUGGGAUUAACAAUUAAACUGGUAUGUAAAUUUAUUGAAAGGAUGAUGUUUUACCCCACAUAAUCUCAAUUUGUUGACACAAUGUAACUGUCUGAAUUGGUCAGUUUUAUGUGUGUGAAUGUGGGAUCUUACUGUAUACACAAGCAGGUGUCCGUCUGUGUGUGCGAUCACAAGUUGUUGUGUGUGUCUGAGUUCAUGUAUUGUAUGGAGCAGAGAGUUUACUAGCUCUACACCCCUUCUGCAACUACCCUGUCUGCUGCAACCACACACACGCACACACACCAUCACAUUAGUUAAAUCGCACAAUUCGCUUAUUAUGAGAGUGCUUGUGUAGCCAGCUCUCUUUAUAAUGAAUGGGGCUUAUUUAUUAGGAGUUAUAAUGAAAAAUGAUUAUGGAAAAACAUUGAGACAACACCAAGCCUUCCAUUUAGUUUGGGCCAUGCAUUUCCAUAGUUGUUACUGUCUCACAUUUUCGGGAAUAUAGAUUAAUGACAUCCACCGUUUGCUGCUGUUGUAGCAAAUGAACCCUUUGUCUCUCUCCUCUCCUCUGUUAUCUUCCCUUUUGUGUCUUUCUGUCCAGCAGUCUCCGUGACAGCUAUUUAACUCACAAACUGGAAAGAUUUAACCUUGCUCGCCUUUUUUUUCCCCUUAAUUUUGUCUUUUAAAAGCCCACAUAUUUAAUUUACAGGCAGACUGCCUGUCAUAAUCGCAUCCUGGAUAGUAAACUGCUUAGACAUCACCUUGUCCACAUCAUCUCCCAACUAUUAACGAUCUUUCACUGUUUAAGCAAUUUUAUAAUAAUCUAAUAAUCAAAUUUAUGGGCCACAUAAUUUUUACAAACAGUACAACGCAUGUGGGAUUUGUUCUCUGCAUUUAACCCAUCCUAAUUAGGAGCAGUGGGCAGCCAUUGUGCAGCGCCCGGGGAGCAGUUAGAGGGUUAGGGCCUUACUCAAGGACACACUCGGCAGUGGUCGGUACUGGACUGGUGACCCUCCAGUUCCCAAGCCAAGUCCCAACGGACUGAGCUAAUGCCGCCCCUUUAAUCCAGAUGAGUGGCAUAUUUCUCUGCAACUUCCCCUCUCCUUUAUUGAUUUCACCUGGAUUUUGUAGUGUCACAUGCCUUAAAUCCUCUAUAAAAGAAUGAGGUUGGUUUAUAUAAACAAUUGUAGAGUCACUGGAUUAAAUGUGUUUUCCGAAAAGGUCCAUCCAGCUUUCCAAGAAAACAUUUCUUAAGGGAUUGUGUAACUCUGUAAACACACACUUUGAAUAAGAGCUUAGGUUUGACAUUGAGUUACAAAAGCAGUUAAGUGUUGUUUAGUGUGUUUUUAAUUGUGGAUCGUUCAUACACAGACUUAUUCAUACAACACUGCCACUCUUGCUUCGCCAGGUCUUUCUACUGCUUUUUAACAUGCACGUCUCUUAUUGUUUCCUGCCUGUCAUCUUUUGCUACUUUAUUUCCCUCUCUAACACACUUUCUUUCCGUGACCUCUGCUCACCCUCUCAUUUACUCCUUCAUUCUAUGUCAAUCUUCUCAAAUCUUUUUCUGCCACAUAUCUUCUUCCUUCCCCAUUGUUCUCUUCUUUCCAACUCCCUUAUCUUUCCUCUCUCCUCCACCCUAUCAACUCUCUCCCUGUUAAUCCCCCUCUUCUCUCCUUCCCCCUUUUCUCCUCUUUCUUUUGUCUCUCUCAGAUGCAGGAUGCUAUGGGCUAUGAGCUGCCAUGGGUCUAUUUUGUCUCUCUCGUCAUCUUCGGCUCCUUUUUCGUUCUCAAUCUCGUUCUGGGGGUGUUGAGCGGAGAGUUCUCCAAGGAGAGGGAGAAGGCCAAGGCACGUGGUGACUUCCAGAAACUCAGAGAAAAACAGCAACUGGAGGAGGACCUCAAGGGCUAUUUAGACUGGAUCACUCAGGCUGAAGACAUUGACCCAGAGAAUGAAGAGGAGGGCUUGGAUGAUGACAAACCCAGAAACCUGAGCAUGCCAGCCAGCGAGAAUGAAUCAGUCAACACAGACAACGCCCCCGGGGGAGACGUGGAGGGAGAGACCUGCUGUACCCGGUUAGCAAAUAGGAUCUCCAAAUCCAAGUUCAGUCGAUACUCUCGGAGGUGGAACAGGCUGUGUAGGAGGAAGUGCCGGGCAGCAGUCAAAUCACAGGUUUUCUAUUGGUUGGUCAUCUUCCUGGUUUUCCUCAACACUCUGACCAUCGCCUCUGAACAUCACCAGCAGCCUCAGUGGUUAACUGAUGUACAAGACAUAGCCAACAAAGUCUUGCUAGCACUCUUCACUGGUGAGAUGCUGUUGAAGAUGUACAGUCUGGGUCUACAGGCGUACUUUGUUUCGCUCUUCAAUCGCUUCGACAGCUUCGUAGUAUGUGGAGGAAUUCUUGAGACCAUUUUGGUGGAAACCAAGAUCAUGUCUCCUCUUGGCAUCUCUGUGUUACGUUGUGUACGCUUGCUGCGAAUAUUCAAAAUAACCAGAUACUGGAACUCCCUGUCCAACCUGGUGGCCUCUCUGUUAAACUCUGUACGCUCCAUCGCUUCCCUGCUGCUCCUGCUGUUCCUCUUCAUUAUCAUCUUCUCCCUGCUCGGCAUGCAGCUCUUUGGGGGGAAAUUCAACUUUGACGAGACCCGACGCAGCACCUUUGACAACUUUCCCCAGUCUCUGCUCACUGUGUUUCAGAUCCUUACAGGAGAGGACUGGAACUCUGUGAUGUAUGAUGGUAUCAUGGCGUACGGUGGACCAUCAUUCCCCGGCAUGCUGGUCUGCAUCUACUUCAUCAUCCUCUUCAUCUGCGGAAAUUAUAUCCUACUGAAUGUCUUCUUGGCCAUCGCUGUAGAUAAUCUGGCAGACGCUGAGAGCCUGACAUCCGCCCAGAAAGAAGAGGAAGAGGAGAAGGAGAGGAAAAAGCUAGCCAGAUUGGCCAGUCCAGAGAAGCGUCAUAACAAUGAGAAGCCGCCUCUGAAGGAGGAGAAGAAAGAGAAGAUAGAGCUGAAGUCCAUCACCUCUGAUGGAGAGACCAACACUGCUACUAAGCAGAUUAACAUGGAUGAGUACUGUGGAGAUGAGAGUGAAGAGAAGAACCCAUAUCCUGCCAAUGAUUACAUAGGGGACGAUGAUGAGGAUGAGCCAGAGAUGCCAGUGGGCCCGAGGCCUCGGCCACUUUCCGACAUUCAGUUGAAGGAAAAAGCCAUUCCCAUGCCUGAGGCCCGUGCUUUCUUCAUCUUCAGCCACACCAACAAAUUCAGAGUUCUGUGCCAUAAGAUCGUCAACCACAACAUCUUUACCAACCUCAUCCUCUUCUUCAUCCUGCUCAGCAGCAUCAGUCUGGCAGCAGAGGACCCAGUCAAGAAUGACUCCUUCAGAAACCAGAUCCUGGGCUAUGCAGACCAUGUCUUUACUGGACUCUUCACCAUAGAGAUAAUUCUUAAGAUGACAGCCUAUGGAGCCUUCGUCCAUAAAGGUUCAUUCUGUAGAAACUAUUUCAAUAUCCUGGACCUGGUGGUGGUUAGUGUGUCCCUCAUCUCCUCUGGAAUACAGUCCAGCGCAAUUAACGUGGUGAAGAUCCUGAGAGUUCUGCGAGUGCUCAGACCACUGAGGGCUAUCAACAGAGCCAAGGGACUAAAGCAUGUAGUUCAGUGCGUGUUUGUAGCCAUCAGGACCAUCGGCAACAUUGUCAUCGUCACUACGUUGCUCCAGUUCAUGUUCGCCUGUAUUGGAGUACAACUCUUUAAGGGCAAGUUCUUCUUCUGUUCCGACAGCUCUAAACAAACUCAGGCAGAUUGCAGAGGUUUCUACAUUAAGUAUAAGGACGGUGAUGUGGGGAAGCCUGAGAGAGACCCGAGAAAGUGGGAGAACAGUGACUUUAACUUUGACGAUGUCCUGCAAGGCAUGAUGGCUCUGUUUGCUGUGUCUACCUUUGAGGGCUGGCCAGGGUUACUGUACCGAGCCAUUGACUCUCACACUGAAGACGUCGGGCCCAUCUACAACUACCGCGUGGUCAUCUCCAUCUUUUUCAUAAUCUACAUCAUCAUCAUUGCCUUCUUCAUGAUGAACAUCUUCGUCGGUUUCGUCAUCGUCACAUUCCAGGAGCAAGGAGAACAAGAAUAUAAAAACUGUGAGCUGGACAAGAACCAGCGGCAGUGUGUGGAGUAUGCUUUGAAGGCACGUCCGCUGCGACGUUACAUUCCCAAGAACCCCUACCAGUACAAGGUGUGGUAUGUGGUCAACUCCACCUACUUUGAGUACCUGAUGUUCACACUCAUCCUUCUCAACACCAUCUGUCUGGCCAUGCAGCAUCAUGGACAGACCAAAAAUUUCAAUGAUGCCAUGAACAUCCUCAACAUGCUCUUCACUGGACUCUUCACUGUGGAGAUGAUCCUUAAACUGAUAGCCUUCAAACCCAGGGGGUACUUUAGUGAUCCCUGGAAUGUGUUUGAUUUCCUCAUCGUAAUUGGCAGCAUAAUAGACGUCAUUCUCAGUGAGAUCAACCCAGCUGACUCCUCCUCGUCCUCGUCCUCCUCCUCUUCGUCCUCCUCCUCCUCCUCUUCCUCCUCUCACCCCCCUGUGGUAAGGCCAAUGGUACGCUCCGACGGUAACCUCGUCCGCCUCCCUACCUCCUCCACCAUCCCUCCAUCCUUCCAUCCUUCCAUCCCUCCUCCUGCUACGCCAACCAUGGGACUGCAGAACUCUGAAGAGAACGCCAGGAUCUCCAUCACCUUCUUCCGGCUGUUCCGCGUGAUGAGGCUGGUGAAGCUGCUGUCUCGCGGGGAAGGGAUUCGGACCCUGCUGUGGACCUUCAUCAAAUCCUUCCAAGCACUGCCCUACGUAGCUCUGCUUAUAGUGAUGCUAUUCUUCAUAUACGCUGUCAUCGGUAUGCAGAUGUUUGGUAAGAUAGCACUGCAGGACAACACGCAGAUCAACAGGAACAACAAUUUCCAGACAUUCCCUCAGGCAGUGCUGCUGCUCUUCAGAUGUGCAACAGGUGAGGCAUGGCAGGAGAUCAUGCUGGCAUGCUCGCCCAAACGGCCGUGUGAGAAAGGAUCAACCAAUGAGAACAACACAUCCAGCGAGGACUGUGGCAGCCAGUUUGCCAUCAUUUACUUUGUCAGCUUCUAUAUGCUCUGUGCCUUUCUGAUCAUCAACCUGUUUGUGGCUGUCAUUAUGGACAACUUUGACUACCUGACACGUGAUUGGUCGAUCCUGGGGCCACAUCAUCUUGAUGAAUUCAAGAGGAUCUGGGCUGAAUAUGACCCAGAAGCUAAGGGGAGAAUAAAGCACCUGGAUGUGGUGACUCUGCUGCGAAGAAUCCAGCCUCCCCUGGGUUUUGGAAAGCUCUGUCCACACAGGGUGGCCUGCAAGCGUCUGGUGUCGAUGAACAUGCCUCUGAACAGCGAUGGAACAGUGAUGUUCAACGCCACACUUUUUGCCCUGGUCAGAACCGCACUCAGGAUCAAGACAGAAGGUAACCUCGAGCAGGCCAAUGAGGAACUGAGGGCAAUAGUGAAGAAGAUCUGGAAGAGAACCAGCAUGAAGCUCUUGGAUCAAGUAGUGCCCCCUGCUGGUGAUGAUGAGGUAACAGUCGGGAAGUUCUACGCUACCUUCCUCAUCCAGGAAUAUUUCCGCAAGUUUAAGAAGAGGAAAGAACAAGGGCUGGUGGCCAAGGUGGCCCCCAAAACUGCCCUCUCUCUGCAGGCUGGCCUGCGGACAUUGCAUGACAUUGGUCCAGAGAUUCGGAGGGCCAUCUCUGGAGACCUGACCGUGGAGGAGGAGCUGGAUAAAGGUCUAAAGGAGCCUGUGUCGGCUGCGUCCGAGGACGAUAUCUUCAGGGUAAAGCGUACAGGUGGGUUGUUCAGCAACCACGUCAACUACUACAACCAGAGCGAUGGCCGCGGUUCCUUCCCACAGUCCUUCACUACCCAGCGUCCCUUGCACAUCAGCCAGAAGGGCUCUCCUUGUGAAGGCGAGAGCCCGUCCCACGAGAAGCUCAUGGACUCGACCACUUUCACCCCUUCCUCUUAUUCUUCAUCAGGCUCUAAUGCCAACAUCAACAAUGCCAACAACACUGGCAUGGUUGGGGUGGUGACCCAGGGAAUCAGUCGAUUCCCAAGCCCGUCCAUAAGCACUGUGGACGGGCACACAGGGCAGCCGCUCACCCCCAUCCUGCUGCCAAGAUCCGCGUGGUGCUUUCCUCCAAAGAGCUCGGACUCAAGUGACAGCCGCCUUCCAAUCAUCCGAAGAGGCGAGGGGUCAACGGAGGAGACCUACGAUGAAAGCUACGGUGACGAUAGGGAGUACCACGAGGACGACCACUCGCUCUCCUCUGACAUGCUGGUGUAUCAUGAUGAUACAUGUAAGCAGUUGACUCCCAUGGAGGAAGGAGAGCAGGUAGAAGACAGAAGAGGAGGAGGAGGUUGGCAGUCUCCCAGGAGAGUCUUCCUCUGCCCCACUUCUCUGGGGCGGAGAUCAUCCUUCCACCUGGAGUGUCUCAGGAGACAGUCAAAGACAGAUGUCUCCCAGAAGACGUCUGUACCGCUACACCUUGUACAUCAUCAGGCUUUGGCUGUCGCAGGGUUGAGUCCUCUGCUAAGAAGGAGUCAUUCGCCUACCCUCUUCAGCCGGCUAUGCUCCUCGCCUCCAGCCAGUCCCACAGCCCUUGGCAGUGAUGCUUCCUACCAGCGAGUGCCCUCUCUGAGGCUAGAGGGCACUAACUCCCAUGAAAAGCUCAAUACCAGUUUGCCCUCUGUCAACUGUGGGCCAUGGUACAGCGACAGUAAUGGGAACAGCCGGGUGCCCAGUCCUAGCCCCAGCGUGUCUGGGUCCAAUCAAAGACCACCACGGCCGGUGUCGCUCACAGUGCCCUCGCUACUGGGAAAAGACUCCAGCUCACUGUCUCGCGGAAGCGCAGGCAGUCUGGUGGAGGCGGUGCUAAUAUCAGAGGGUUUGGGUCAUUUCGCCCAAGACCCGUCGUUCAUUGAGGCGACUAAAGCCGAGUUGGCUGACGUCUGCGACAUGACCAUCGAGGAGAUGGAGCAUGCCGCCAACAACAUUCUCAAUGGCAACAGCGCCACAAACACCACAUCUGGCACCUCCUCCACCUCCCAGCACAGCCCCAACAGCAACCUCCUCCCCUUCCACACAGCAGCUGCAGCAACGCAAAGGGACCGAGUGCUCAGCGAGGGCGGGGGAGAGGCCGGUGGAAGCAGAGGCUCCGUUCACGGGCCGUCCUCAGUGGAGGAGCGGCAGGAGCUGCUAGCAGGAGUUAGGGGACGAGAAGAGGAGGAGGAAGAGGCGGAAGGGAGGGAGGAGGGGCACAGCAGAAGCUUGGUUGUGAUUGAAGGAGCGCGACAGAGAAACAGCGGACUGUUGGACGACGAGGAUAUGGAGUGUGUGACGAGUUUGUAGGAAUCGGCUUGACGGGUUCAAUCGGCCGACUGGCCCCUCUGACAUCAUCAGAGACUAACGUUUGUCAGUGCUGGGUAACCGCCGCAGCUGGAUCUGUCUGUCCCCGCCGCUCACACACACACACACAUACUCUGUCUGCCUCUCUGCCAGACGUAACCGCUCUGGACAUUGGCGGCCAGUGACGCAACCUUAAACACCUGGUUAUGACUUAUUUGGUUUAUAUGAGUUUGUAUGUGUGUGAAUGUUUGUAGUAAAGUACGCCACACAAUACUCUAUACUAUCUGAGUGUAUGCCUGUGUGUGUGAUCUAUGAUUUUCUCUAUUUGUACGUGUACGUGAGUGCGUGUGUUCUCCACACGUGUCUGAGUGUGUCUCUAAAGUGCCUCACAGUUUUAUCAUGUCCUCAAAGUGUGAAGAGCAGAAAAGAAGAGACAAGCAAAAAACGUGCCAGGGGACAGUAGGGAUGAAGGAAAGGUAGAAAGGAAACAACAGAAGCAGGAAGUCCUUUUAUGGAUUUCCUGCAGUCGACAUACUGUGUUUAUUGUUUUCAUUUCCUCUGCCUACUUUGGUGUUGUGUUAUUGUUGUUUGUCUGGCCGCCAUGAAGCCAGGUAGGGGACAGCAGACCAGCUUGUGUGGGGGGUCAGUUAAUGAUUCAAAUCUGACCGCACCCACUUGAGUUCAAAGGUCAACCACUCCUUCUUGGUUCACUGAUGAUGAAGCGCUGUAUUGAGUAAACGGGGGCGAGGAAAACCCUGUUUGAAAUCUCAUUUCUCUUCCUCUUCCAAAGCUAAGGAACCUUGGAGCACAGCCCUGCCAGCCUGGGGGUGGGAUUAAGGUGACACGCCAUCCCCAGCCAAGGGGGGGGAAGGAUUUGAGGGAUGGACCAACAGCCACAACAGGGCUGCUGUAGGGGGCCACGGGCAGAGAGAGACACUCUCUGGCCAACAGGAAGCCAGCUCUUUUAUCUGCUGGUCAGUAAGAUGCCAGCAAGAGACAAACUCACCUCGUCCGACACUUUGAUCUGGCUUCGCCUCCUACGCCCGCUUUUCCUCGUUUGGCCACACCCACUUCCUGACCCAACCAGGAAAUGGGAGGAGCAUUUGGUGGCUAAGCAGAGACAGCGAGCCCCCCUUUUCUGCCUCAUACCUCGCCGUUCCUCACUCCUCCCUCUCUCCUUCCUCCCUCCUCUUUGGUUAUUCCACCAUCUGUCUCCCUCCAUCGCUGGGUUUUUGCUUUUUCAGCCCUCGGGAGGUGAGUGUGUCGAAGGGUGGAGGAGAGAUCGGGAGUGACCGAUUGAAAAGAAAACAGACUCUGGGCAUGGAUCUACAGAGGAUCUGUCCGUCAAUCAACCUCACUUCCUUCUCCAAGACCCUCCUCUUCCUCUCAGCGUGGAAUCCUAUUGGAUUUGCUGCCACACACACUCUCUCUGCAGACCACGCCCACUAUGUAUUUAACAGUUCAAUAUUGUGCAAAACUGGCUAGCCAUGACUAUUUUGUUUUAUAUUCAUGAUGUUAUUGGUUUAAUUUAUCCUUGAUUUGUUUGCACAAUCGGGGUGCUGGUCUUAUAAAUGUAUUUUUGCUCGGUUUAUUUUAGGAGAAUUUUAAGAGGUUUUAAGUAUCGAAGCAGGGCGUAGUGUUUGCGUGCGAAUGUAUAGCUAUAUUUGUGCGUGCGGGUGCGUGUCUGCAUUUUAGUACAGGAUGUAUGCGUGUACGAAUGUGUGAGAUAGCGUGUAUCUAAAAGGGGGGUCUUUCUCUCUAUCAGUAUGCACCUUUUACAGAUUGUAUCUAUUUAUUUAUUUAUUUUUCCCAGAAGAGAAAAAAAUGUGUGUGAGGAUGUGUUUGGAUGUGUGUGUAUGUGUGUGUGUGUGUGUGCCUGUGUUCAAGUGGUUACUUAUGUAUUCUAAAAAGCUGAUUUUAAGCCUAGACAGUAAAUUAAGGUAGCAUUACAAGUAUGGUGUGUGUGUGUGUGUUUGUGUGUGUGAGAGAGAGAGAGAGUAUGUGAGUGUAUGUGUGUGAUAAUGGGCCUCCUUAACACAGGGUUACCAUGGACAGGCAUGCUUCCAAAGCUUUGUGAUUUCUUUAGCACGGUUUUUACUUUUUAGCCAAGCUGCAGAGUCAGAAGCCACUCUAUCCUUGAAAUUUAGUCAUCGCAUAACUUUUCUUCAUUUUUCUGUUGAGAGGUAGUUAGGUGUAAGGUCUCCAGCGAGGUCAGAGUGACGGUUAAGUUUACAGUGGUGACGAGUUUCGGCAUUGCAGCUUGGCCAGAAGGUAACAAGCCUUUUGGCAAUUGCUGCUUUUCUUCUUUAUGGUGGAUGGUCACUCUGAAUGGUAGAAGCACCAAAUUUGUACUGCCAUAGUGACGCCUCGUGAAUGAACUGGGGGAUGACGCCCUGAUCGCUCGGCUGUAACGCACCGUAAUCACAUGAUUUCAUCAUUUAAUCGUAGUUUAAACUCCAAACGAACUAUUAGGGCUGGUGUACAGAUGCUGCAAGACUUCUGAAUCACAUCUCUUUGUCUGAGGUCUGCCAUAUCACAAAACAUUAUGAUUUAUUGUUAUUGUUAGAAAUUAAACAGUUCCAUGUCUGUAAUAUAAUUUACUGUUUAAGAAAAAAUUAUACUACAGACAGGAUAUUUACUGGUAAUUAAUAAGAUGUGAUAAUUGUUUGGUUAAUGUGAUAAAUUAGUGGAUAUAGAUCAGAAAACGAGGUGGGAAGUUGCAUCCUGGAUGAUCCCCUGGUGUGAUUUUUGUCUCUUCAUUUUCUUGUAAUGGAUUUUAGGUAGCAUGCUGACACAUUUUUAUUGACCUUUCUCUAUUAUGGCACAGGUAUGGACCUCAGGCCUCCGACAUUACACAGGGCACGGGUCUCUUUUUGGUAUUGUAUCGUCUCCAAAAAAAUAUCAGUAUCACAUCCUUUGUACCAAUUGUCACAUUUAUUAAACAACUUUAUAGUAUUUAAAACUGAAAUUGUUCAAUUCAGUUUUCUAAAAUGUUAUGUAGCAACCUAUGCUAGCCACUGACAAUUUGGAAAAACAUUGUGAUCACCACGAUCCCGAUGCAAAGUCACCUAGUCACUAGGAUUUUAUUGAAAGUCUGUAUCUUACCAGACCAGUGUUCACAUGCAGAUACAACUCAGUAGAUCUUACAUAAAUUACCUCUUUAAAUUCCCACCCAGAGACGCAUGUCUUAUAACUCCCCAUUAUUUUUUUACUUUAAUUUACCACUAAGGACUAACUGCUGAGCCCUCAUUCCUACAUGUUAAGCAGAGCAGGUUUGUGGCAGGGAAGGGUAGGCAUGAACACACUGCCAUACACUGCAUCCUGUGCCAGUAACAGACUUCUGACAUUAUUAUGCAAACUAAAUGUGAAUGUUGAACGUGUUUUCAGUGGCAGUGCUAUUGUUGUUUUGUGGUUAUGAUCAUACUGCAAACCCUGAAGAAGUCUGUUGUCAAAGGAAUACCUUCCCUGACAUUUAGUCUGUUGUUUUUGUUUUCUUAUCCAUAAUACUUCAUAAAAACAAACCUUCAACAUUUCAAUCUUUCUUUCAAUCAUUCUAAAAGCACCUCAUUAAAUAGUUCUUUAUUGAAAUAACAUGGUACCAUAAGCUAGCAGGCUACUUUGCAGCAAGUGGCUCAGUUUCAGUAUAAGCUGCUGUUUUUUUUUUAGUAAAAGUUAGGAUGGAAGAUUUAAGUAUGGUCAAGCACGUUAGUGUGUGCAGGGAAGUAUCUGGGUUCAGUGUUUUAACCUUAGUUAAGUUAGCACAAUCUCACAUUGUGCUUUGUUUUUUUUUGUUUCCCCUCUGUUGUUACCAGCCCUGGUAAAGUUUAUUUAACCCUGAAUUUGAAAGACAUAACAAGUUCUCCUCCUGGUCAUUUAUGCUGAUUUACUCAUUACCAUUAGGUCUAAGUCCUGAAUAAUAAAUGCAACCAGCCGGCACCUGAAUUGUAAAGUAGUAGUUUUUGCAUCCAAGCUGCUACAGAGGAGCCAGCAAGUGUGUCUGCUUUAUACCAAGCAUUUUUGAUCAGCCGGUAUAGCAACAGCUAUGAAUGUCCCUCAAGACAGUUUUGAUAAGAAACUGCAUAAUGAAUGAAUAGUAACAUUAAUGAAUCAAUGAAUUAUCCAACACAGAACCAUUCUCCGACUUGACCAAGUUAAAAUUAGGAAGAGCAAGAUUCCCACAAGGAUGUUUUCUAUUAUUUAUGAUCAUAGCCGUAAGAUGAAUAAUCAAUAAUUACAGAAACAUUCAUAAAUGUUCAGUAUCACCUCCAGUUUUGCAGAUGAAAGAACAGAGAUAAAGCAUUCAGUUCAAAUCCUUUAAUUUUGUGCUCCUAAAACAUUUUCAUGUAUAUACUAUACCGCAUACUCAUAUCGAGUAACCCUGCAUAUCAGAAGUGCCAAACCAGACUUUGUUGUGUCUGUUUAAAGGCUCUUUGUUUUCAAAUGCAGGUGAGGGAGAUUCAGAGGCCUGUGGUGUCCCUGUGUGGAGUGGAGCAGCAUUGCCAUUUUUAUGUUAUAUAUAGGUUAGCAUGAACUAUGACGUGUUGCGUUGCAGUAUAUGGUAUGAGUGGGUGUAAUCCUGCAUCCCACAAGAUAUGCAAAAACAAUGCAAUAACUAUGACUGUAUACAAGGUUCCCGAAGUAAAUAUACUUGUGAAAGUAUGACAAUGUAUUUUUUUCUGUUUGUUACAUUUUUAAGUAAAGUCAGUGGUUUCCAUGCCAGAGAAACCUAACAUACUUGAAAUCAGGUACAUUGCAGUGCAGUAUAGUAAAGAUGUAUUUAUUUAACUUUCUCGUGCUAGGUGUUGGAUCUGCAGCUGCAGUCAAACGUGUAUCGGGACAGCAACAUGAAGUUGGUGUUGUUUCUUGUGGUUUAACAUCCAGCCAGUGGAGACCCAGAAUGAAAAGCUGAUUAUCUAUUCUGAUGAUUCAGCAGCGAAAACGACUAACUUCAGCUCCCUGACUCAAUAUGUUUUUGACCCUUUCUCUCGUUUCUUUCCAGUUAGAUUUUAAAUGGAUUGAGCUACGUGGCUGUAACAUCAGUAUUGCAUGAGGUUCACAUGUUGACAUUGAGCGUGCCGGGUUUUGCAGUCAUUUUGUUUUUAUCAGGUUAAGUAUCAUAUCACAUUAUGACAGAGUAGCUAUUUCUAUUUAGUGUACAUAUGAUUAUAGUCAGUAUUUCUUUGACAGCAGUGGAGGGGUAUUUGGAAGGUGAUUUUGCAUAUCUUGUGUCUUAUGGGCUCUCUUAGUUCAUUUUCUGAUUCAUAACCCUGAGAAGGAGAGAGCUUAUGUUUAUAUGAUUGUCGAAGAGAAAAUUUACCUCUCUCUUGAGAGAAAAAGCAAACUACAGUAUUUUUACUCCCCACUUUAGACAGGUGUUACUACUACUUUGCCUAUGUGUUGCCAUAGUCUCUGUAGUCUCUGUCUUCAACUUCUAUCUUUUGUCUUCGUCAUGUGGACAUAUGGAAGAUGGACCAGUGGGGAUAAUGUGUAUGAAAUGGACCAAAUCACCCAUAAUUAGUAGUUUUUUAUAAAAACAUUGGUGGAUAAUAUUGGAUGGACAAACACACAGGCAGGAGCUAGGGCUAGCUCCCUCCCACUUUAUUUGCUAUAUUAAUGCACAAAGUGAACAAUAUACAUGAAAACGUCAAUUUAUAAUCCACAGGUUAAUGAAGCUGUCCCAAUUCCAUAUCAUGCACUUAUACAUAAGAAGAUUAUUUAGUGUAUUCACACUAAAGUGACAACAUUAAGUCUUCAAUUAAGUAUAUUCAAGUGGUCAGUAGGCUACAUAUUGUAAAAUAAAUUAACUCCCAGAAGUUUUAGUAUUUAAAUUCCAUAACGUUUAGGGACUCACAAGAUUAAAAGAAGAAUGGUAUGCAGCAAAAGGCUGAGAUAUUCUCAUAUUUUGUCCCUAGUGUUGGUCAGGCUCCAAAUAUGCUUGAUACUACAUUUCCCAUAAUUCAACAAAUAACAGCUCUUCUAAUUAUUAUUAAUUACAGGUGGUGGUGAGACAGUUCCAGAAAUUUGUCACAAUACAACAAAUAAAAUAUUCUUUCAUGCCACCUUAAAGUCACAGUUUAAUUGACACUGGAUGGCGUAUUUAUGGCAUUAUUUCUGGUUAAAUAUGCCGAUUUCUUGUAUGCCAACUGCAUAAACAUAUAUUAUAAAGGUUCGUAUAAAGUUAUACCCUACACUAGUAGUGUGUAGUAUCUAUUGGAACACAUCAUGAGCGUAAGUUUGUUCAUCCUGCCAGUGAUAGUCCUUUUUUUCACACCUCAAUUAUGUCUCAUUUCCAUUUUGGUGUGCCAGUAAACCAGCAGUAACCAAACUACGGCCAUGGAGCUGGAACCACUAAAUGGACCAUAGCCACUAUUUAUGACGUUAGUUACGCUUGUGUUUUGCCGGUCACAUUGUCCACGCUGAGAGAAGUCUGUGUGUAUGUUCCUGUGGUCUGUAGACAAUUUAUCAGGCUGCUAAUCACGCUGAUAAGCUGCAGCUGUGUCUGCUGCCUCUCUGGAUCUCCACCUACAGCUAGUUAAACUAAAACCACACCCCUCUGCCAUAAAGGGUGCCGUUCAGAUUCAAGUAAUUCAAAGCAAAGAUAGAGAGAGAAAAUAGACGGAAGACAAUCUAGUUGACGGUUGAUGACAAUGGGAAGCGGUGGGUGUUUGGUCUGAGUAACAUUGUUUAAAGGAGAGUAUUUUUUGGAAUGGUAGAAGAUUUUGUUUCAUCAUGUUUGGAUUUCAGGAUGAAGUUCUGACUUCUGAAUCUUAUAUCCAAGUGUUUUAUGUGCAUGGGUUUCUCUCUCUAGGAAUUUAAAGUAUUGGUCCUAAGUGAAUGAUGAAAUCUUUUCUCUCACCACUAGCCAAUGAAUGUAUAUUUUUAUAUACCAUUCUAUAGCAAGACAUAUAUGAAUAUAAUAUUUAAUCACCAGAAUGUUAGUGUAAGGAACAGACAGGACACUUAUUUGGGAAUGUAGUUUUUGAGCCAUUGGUUAUGAAGAUGUGUUAUAUAGGCCUACUGACUGAGGGUCAGUAUGAAUUUCUUGAACAAAGUCCCACUUUAUUGACUGUAUUUUUGACCAAAAGGCGCUGAAGGCGUACACAAUGGAAUUUUAGGUCAUUUCACAAAUCUAUCUAUCCCUCACCAGUGCUGUGACUAUUUUUUUAGUUUUAAAGACACUAGGGUAUAGAAGUGAAUAUUGUCAACUAGCCUCACAGUAUACACACUGAAGGAGAUGUCACACACUUUCACAUUUGACAUCUACUUUAAGCAACAGAGAGAUCUGAAAUUUAACGUGCAUUUACUCAUUAUUUUUGUUUGAGAGACAUUAACCUAAAGUCUGGACAUUUUCCUACUGUAGCACCGAGAGACCUGUCUCUUUCGCUAGUCCAAUAUCACUGACACACACACACUGUAAACUCUUUCAAAUGCAUUAUUUAAGCUAUUAAAGACAUCUAACCAAAAUAAAUCCACCCAUCAAGGACUAGAUAUUUAUAUGAGCUAUGAAAACCAUGUAGCUUCGAUUUUAUUCUUCCAAGAAAUGAAUUAGAGGACUUGAACUACACCAGCGUAGAGAAAUCCUCAUUGAAUGCAGACAGUAAAGAAAGUAAAGAAGUUCAGCGGCCAACCAACUAAAUAAUUGUGUGUUUAUGAAAUAAUGAAAAACGAUGUGUCAGAUUUGUAAUCAGAAUUGCUUUGUGGCAGGUUUGAUCUAAGAAAUGUUGAAUUUAUAUCCUGCAUCUCGACGGUGACGACGAGGAAAACUCAAAAAUAUGUUAUGGUUUGUGUGGAAGCUGCUGUACGUCAGUACUGAGAAAAAUGCCAUACAACACGCUUUAACAAAAAUAGUAUUUUACACACAAAUACUAUUUAAAAAGUAUUUGAGUUGUGUGUUUAUCCAAAACUACAUACACAUAUAAUGUGUAAUCAUUUAUCAGAGAGUGAGGCUAGAAAGCAGGACUCAUGUUAGUUAGGUUUAUCGUCUUAGUAACUCGUAGGCCUGCCGUUAUUGCAACAGAUGUAUGUUAUAUUGUCUUGUAAACAAAAGUGUUCUUCAUUGUUUGAUCCUGACAGAAAUAUUUUAAGAGGACUAUUUUCAAUAUAGAUUUUAUUUUCCUUUUUUCUAGGUAGAAAUCCACAUAGCCUGUUGUAGGAAUCUUAUUCAAUCUUAUUCAGUCUAAUUAAAAGAUGAAUUCCCUUUUCUGGAGAAACAAGAGAGGAUGGUCUCUUUGGUUUUCUGCUGGACAGAUUUUACUUGAUGACAGUGCUGAUGAACGCUUUAGGAAAUGGAACAGAAAGUGGGAAUAUAUUAUGAAAUACAUGUUUAUAUUGCAAGUGACUUCUAUUUUAGAUAUUAUAUAUAUAGAACAACUCUAUUGAAAUUAUAAGAUUAUUAAAUGAUAGGUUUGGAGCUGGAUCAAAAGGAAUCUUGUUCUGUGAGGAAAAAUGCCCAGAUCAGUUUUGGAGGUGCCAUACUGUUAAACUCUACCUGUGCUGUAGCUUUCUGUAAUGGACCCAGAGGAAAAAUGUUUUAAUGGUUUUACCAUCGGCUGAAUGUUUCCAUCAGGUUUACAACUCGUCAUCAUAAAAAUCUGCUUUUUUCUGUUUGUUGCCAGCGCAUAAACAGGAUUUUAGGGAGAAACUGAAUACAUGCAAUGGGAUUACAAUGAGCCUCUUACAAGAUCAAAAUGUUUAAUUUCAUAAAAUGAAAGUGACACAUUUUAGAAUUUAGACACUGGAUUUAUUAAUCUUGAUUCCUGAAAUUACGCAUCAGGCUGUGAGACAUUCAAGGAACACAUUCAACUUACAGCCUCCAAUAUUUGAAUAAUUAGAAGUAAUUGUACGGAUCUUGGAGGCAAACGUAUUCCAGUACCACAAACAUUUAAGACCAUGAUCAGUGGUUAAAGAAUCUUAACUAGCCCUCUGCAUAUUGUGCUGCACUGGCUCAAAGUAACACUCACACACUCACAAACGCAUGUAAAGUCUUCACACAUCAGUCUUGGGAAUAUUUGAUUUGUUCACUUGUGAUGGUGGUGAGGAACAAAAAUCUGAUUUAUUUACAACCCUCUUUCCUUUUUCCUGGGACUGAUGAGCCAUAAAAUGAACCAAAUAAAUUAUAUUUGAUGAUGUAGAUUUAGAAAAAACACGUUGGAUAGCUGAGUAUAACUCACCCAUUGUGUAGCAGCACCUACAGCAGCACCCCUGUCUGAACAUUAAGGACGACUGUUAGUACUGUAAGGACCUUGAAAGCCUCGUGUUUAUCACGCAUUCCUUCACUUACUGUUAUUCAUACACAAUGUAAUAAUAAUAAAUCAUAAAGGAGAUCCCUGUUUGCACAUAUCACAAGUCCUGACACAGAGAUUGCUCUUUGUGUUUCACUUUUUUUGGAGAGGAAUGCUGCCCCCACAGCCUGUUGAUGGAGGAGUUUUCUGGACCAGCUAGUGUUUCUAACAGCGACUUUCUUCAGGAUAUUACUUCAGCUAACGUUUCUCAGCUCUGGAGGCAUGGCUGCAGCUUUACGAUGCAGAUUUCCUGUCAGCCGUUCUGGUGUUAAAACAGCUCAACCUCGGUAGGACCAUGAAUGUCUCUGCCUCCCUGCAUCUGCUCCUCCUCUAACUUUACCGAUGAAGAGCUACAUAACAUUGCACCUUUAUGACAGUGAUUUCAUCCCUUGAAUGUAGGACGCAAUAUUGCUCAUACCGGUGUUUGUUUUUUGUUUAAUGGAAAAAAAAUGUUGGAAAUUUUGACCACCACAGACAUAAAAGAUCUGAUUUGACCUCUUUGCUGACAAAGAAUCUUUACAAACCUUGAUUCUACAUGGUUUCAUCUUGCUAGGAAAGCCACAUUUGACCACAGAGAUUUAGAAACAAACAGGUCUUGUAUGCCUGUGUGUGUAAGUGCAGCUUUAAUGAAUGACUUGGUCCGUCUGAGAGCAUAGGCAGAGUCGUGUACAUUAUCAGUGUUUCUUUCUUGCUGGUGUGAAAACGCCUCUUUAACAGCAUGCAGGCGAUAACUACAUUUUUAAAAAUCCAGGUGGGGUGAUCCCGGCCUUUUGCCAGCCUGGCCAUUCAAUGGCUGGGGGUCUACAGCUUCAUAUACAGUAGUGAUUAACGAAAAAUUGUUCUGUUCCUUUUUUAGUGGGUAAAUGCCAGGGUUGUGUGGCUCUGUUCUCCACUGGUCAGUAGUGUCUUAUGAUCUCGUUCAUAGUCUUAGUUCACAACUCAUGCAAAGUGUUAAAGGGCCUUUGACAGGAUCGAGCUGUUUGUUUGUUUUUGUUCUGUUCUGUCGGAGCGAAGUCUGUUAUUAAUCCUCAAGUUUUUAUUUUGUGUGGAGAGAGGUGUUCACACAGAGACCAAUUUGUUGUAAUAUUAGUAGUGGCGCUACUGUUAAAUGUAGUAUUUAAUAACAGCACUAUUUAUGGUCAAAAAAUGAACUAGUGUGUUAUUGUACUUGCGGUAGCUUUGGAGGCAGGUGGCCAUUUUGUAACUGAGUUCUUUAACAUAAGCCACUCCCCCUCGUGUGCGAGGGGUUUCAUUGGUUCUGAGGUUGCUAAGUGACACUGGCCCAACAUCAUUUGCUUCCCUCAGUGACCAUUCGUCUCCUUUGAUGACUGCAUGGUCUCACAGUUGACACACCCUUUUCUUUUCCUUCUUCUCUUUCUUUUUUCCAAAGAAGAGUUCUUUGAUUUUCCUUUUGUUCAUGCAUUUUCAUUUUAGAUUUUAGAAAGGGAAAGAAUACAAAUCAAAUAAAUCAGAAUAUUAAUUCAAUCACUUUUUCUACUCCUAUUUUCAAUAAAAAGUGAAACGAAAAACCAAACAAAAAGUUGAUUUGUAAAUAAGUAAUGUACAGUUUGUAUCUGUAACUUGUCAGUCUGUCAUUGGUGACAGAGUCUGUCUUGCUUAUAACGCACGCUACCAGUAAAUAAAAAAAGGAAAAAUAUAUUUAGACUGUAUGGUCCCUUGAAAGCAAGUUUUAAAUUAAUAUCUGAUGUAUAUUCCUGUAACAUUGCAUUUUUAUCUGAAGGAAUGAUGUUAUUAAAAAAUUGCAAAUAAAUUGCAUUUCCUACA